ACCAACUGCUCAGCUUGAGCUGCACUGAAAAGGUCAUAUAUACUGGAUUCGACCAUAAGAAUGAAUCACACGCGGGGCUAAAUCUCUGUGAUUCAGGAGGAGGCGUAGAACUUUAUGCUAACAUGAAAUGGAGAUCACUCGGACCAGACCGUCCUUGUAUGGAGAAAUCGCUCAUGGUCUUGGAUUCUGGACAGACCGGUCAGCAGUACACGAGGCUGCUGCACAGGGCAGAGUCCUCCAGCUUCAGCAGCUGAUCGAGGGAGGUGCAGCAGUUAACAUCGUGGCUGUUGACUCCAUCACCCCGCUGCAUGAAGCAUGUACACAGGGACAGACCCAGUGUGUUCAACUGCUGCUGGGCGCUGGUGCACAGGUGGAUGCUCGUAACAUCGAUGGCAGUACACCACUGUGUGAUGCCUGUGCGGCUGGUAGCCUUGAAUGCGUCAAGCUGUUGUUGGAGUACGGAGCGACAGUUAACCCUCCACUGUUUACUUUCUCACCUCUUCACGAGGCAUGCAUGGGAGGUAAUUCAGAUUGUGUUCAGCUCAUGAUUGAUCAAGGAGCUUUCAUGGAGGCCCAUGACUGCCACUAUGGGACACCACUUCAUGUAGCCUGUGCCAGGCAACACUAUAACUGCGCCAAAGUUCUCCUCAAUGCAGGGGCAAACGUUAAUGCUGCCAAGCUACACGAGACUGCCCUUCAUCAUGCAGCCAAAACAAAUAACGUGGACUUGGUUGAGCUACUUGUGGAAUUCGGGGGGGACGUGUAUGCCAGAGAUACUCUGAACAAAAAACCCAUCCAGUACACCAGUGUUGGAUCUCCCUGUUACCUCUGCCUGGAGUUCUAUGAGAAUACCCCGCUCAAUCUACAGCAGAUCAGCAGACUGGCUUUGAGGAAGGUGCUCGGCACAAGAGCAUGUGAAGUUGUUUUCAAGCUUGAGUUGCCCAAUCGCAUCAUACGUUUUCUUUCCCACAUGCCACCUCCAGUUAUUGAACUCCCAUCACCGAGAGACACUCAGGAUGUCUGAAUCCUGAGAUUUUAGAAUAAAUAAGCAGGCGUUCUACAUCAGCAAAGUUAACUAGUCAUUUAAAUAAUCAUUAAUGUUGUAGCUGAUGUUUUGAUUGCUGGGGAGAGAAAGCCAUCCCACAUACUGUGUACUAUCAGGUUAUGAAGACAUAAUGACUAUAUAGCUGGAAACACAAGUGUGAUUUCAUCCUAGAUGCUGUUAAUACUUUGCUAUGAUUGUAUCAUUGUAUUUAUUUGUACAUAUAUAUUAUAUUUUAAUGUAAAUGUGUAAAUAAUGUAGAUGGUUUCACCUUUUAUUGAUGUUGUGUAAAUAAAUAGACCAAAACAAUUUUUUCAGCAAUGUGUAUGUUAAUACAAUUUCAUUAAAAUAUUUAGAAUUCAAUGUGGUUAUUGGGUUGCUAACUAAAUAGUAAUCAGCAGUUUGAAGAUGUUAGAUCAGGAGCUUUGAGACGUGAGGAGCAAAUUUGACUCUCACACAGGGCUCCUGUAGGACAUUUAUUUGUCAGAAUGAAUUUAUAAUGUCAUGUCAUGUAAAUACACCACAUGAAUACACAUGACUUGUACUGUAUGUUAAAUUGCUUGAUAAACUAACAUUUCAUGUGGAGAUUUUUGUUUUGUUUUUACAGCACUGAUAUCAUCACAUGAAGGAGCUCAGAAACAUUGGCUAUCCAAGAGCAGUUUUUGUUGAUGCAUAAUUAUGUUAGGAAAACAAAGACUCUGCUCUGUUACCUGACUAAAUAAAUUAAAUACGUUGAUACAACACACUUGUUAUCGUCGUCGUCGUCUUCUACUUAUCCAGGUCUGGGUCGUGGGGGCAGCAGCCUUAGCCAAGAAGCCCAGACAGCCCUCUCCCCUGCCACUUAUACUAGCCCCUUUUGGGGGGAUCCCAAGGCAUUCCCAGGCCAGCUGAGAUAUGUUAUCCCUCUAGUGCAUCCUGGGUCUGACCCUAAAUCUCCUCCCAGAAGAACAUGCCAAAAACACCUCCCCAGGGAGGCAUCUAAGAGGCAUCCUAGACGCCUAGGCAUCCUACCAACCCAGAUUCCUGAACCACCUCAGUUGGCUCCUCUCCACAUGGAGGAACAGCGCUUCUACUUUGAGCACCUCCUGGAUAUCCAAGCUCCUCACCCCAUCUCUAAGGCUGAGCCCAGCCACCCUGUGGCGGAAACUCAUUUUGGCCUUCUGUGUUCAAGAUCUCGUUCUUUCGAUCAUGACCCAAACCUCAUGAUCAUAGGUCAGAUUUGGAACUUAAAUCAACCAGUAAACAGAGGGUCCACAUCACUGCAGAUGCUGCUCCAAUCUGCCUGUCAUUUUCCCGUUCCAUCCGUCACUCACUCGUGAACAAGACCACGAGGAACUCCUCCACUUGAGGCAGGGCCUCUCCCCUGGCCUGGAGUGAGCAAACCACCCUUUUCCAGCUGAGAACCAUUGCCUCAGAUUUAGAGGUGCUAAUCUUCAUCUCAACCACUUCACACACAUGCUCUGCUCUCGAUGAAGCUAAGAGGACCACAUCAUCUGCAAAAAGUAGAGACGAGAUCCUCCCGCCACCAAACUGGACACCCUGGUUAGUUGAACCUCAUAUUGAGGAGGAGGAGCAAUGUGGUUCUCCUCCUGGUUGUGGAACCGUGGACCACCUCUUUACCUUUGCUGGGGUGCUGAAUGGUACAUGUGAGUUUGCCAGUGCACAUGUG